AUGCCCUUUAUCAGACGUCGCAGGUCACAUACUGACCACCCUCCCUCUCCUCCUCCUCCUCCUCCUCCUCCUCCCCCCCGCCCGCGCAUCUCCUACUUCCCUCCCCACGUCCUCCGCGCCCGCAUCCCCACCCCUCCGCGCCCACCUCCCUCAACCUCAAGCGCUCACUCACACUCACUCAUCCCCGCCGACCAAUCAACCACCUCCCUCAGCCACGACUUCUCCCUCGCCCGCGCCCGCUUCUUCGGCGCCCGCAAACCGCAGCUCCGUCAGUCCUCCCACUCUUCACCACCCCGCCCUCGCCGCCAUCGCCGUCGCAGUCUCCUCGCAGCUCUACCCUUCUCCGCCUCUUCGCUUCAUCUGAAAUCCUCCCUCGACAAAGUCCUCUCUCAGACCCAGUCCCCGGCUGAUCCUCCCUCCUGUCCCGUCCUCCCUACAUCCAGCCUGAACUACAACCUCGACCAAGACCUCGACGAAGACCAAGUCGAGGACGACUUUGACACUGAAGAAGCCAUCGCCCGCAUCACCCAAGUCAUCCGCGACUCGGCUGCUGAAAUCAGCGUGCGCGAAGCGGCAGCAAACACUCCCUCUCCUGCCGAACACCCCUCCGGUCUUUGGCGGCGUCUGUCGCAGCUCGCUAGUCCUGUCUCUCCUUCUGCUGCUGUUGAUACUACUAAUACCCCCGCUACUUCUGCCACUGCCGCUGCUGCUACUUCUGACCCCUCUGACACCCACUCUGACUCUGCAAAGCCACUACACAUCCACCUCCCGUCUGCCUCGUCAGUCAUCGCGGCGGCCAACCAGACCUCGGCCCUGGUCACGAUCCCGCUCGCAGAGUCCGCCACAGACUGCUCGCACUCGUCCUCGAUCUCGAGAGCAAACAGCAAGAACCUGUAUCUCAGUCCUGUCAACGCAAACACGCUCUGCGAUGAGGAUUUUAGCUGUAUCGUGCCUACCGAGCUGAAGUUGAAGAAAGGCGGGAAGAGAAAGAGCACUACAAAGAAGUUUUUCAAGAAUGCUGCGCAGUCCUUGAGACUACGGAAGCGCAGGGACAAUACCCAGAUCUCUCAACCCACUGAUAGCAAGAACACCCCUCCCUCUCCUCAGCCUGAGCCCGCGAGCACAAUCACCUCCCCCCUCCCCUCCCCUCUCUGCAAACCAAUCGAGACACCGCGCACCAGCAAAUUCUAUCUCUCGCACUUCCUCAGAGCACGGCUCGCAGCCCUCUUCACCGCACAAUCCCGGAAGGAGAAGAAGUGGACUGAAGAGCAGUUCCAAGCGCGACUACGUGCGUUUGGCGAGGAUACAAAGGUUAUCAAGGCCGAGGGAAAGAAGUCAAUUGCUGAUGAUGAGGACAGCAAGCAGAGCGCAAAGAGGAUGAUUAUCGACGUCGCGAAAAUGCGUGCUCAGGACUGGGACAUGAUCUCGCCCGGCACGCAAACCACAUGCGUCAACACUCCUUCCACUCCCACAGCCAAACCUGAUCCACACAUGCAGCAGCAGCAGCAGCAGCAACUACCCUCCCCCGGCACAGUCCGCUUCAACAACAUGAUCCAAGUCCGCUCGAGCAGCGGCCACUCUGUCUCGGGCGACAAGUAUCUCGAGCUCGGCACGGCGGUCGUCGAGAGGCCUGUUUUGAACCCGUUCUCGCCCGCUGCGUCGUCUGUUAGUCCGUUGUGGAUGGAGGGGUGA